AUGUCAGACUAUGAACUUCUCACCCAGUACACUGAGGAUGCCUAUGCCAAAGAAGAUCGAAUUUGCGACCGUCCGUCUUGCAUGGCCAACAUUAGGACUGGAGAGCCAUGUUUUUAUGUUGCGACCAUCGAGCCAGGUCAACGUGGGCGCUAUGUGUGUGAAUCCUGCCACUUGCAUUACGAGAAUAAACGAGCUACUUCAGUGAGACCUACAGGUAGUCGAACCUUACAAUCACAAGGCCGCGCCCCUCCUGAUCCACGUACAAUACAACAAUUGGUGAAUGCGGCACAACGAAGAUCGACACCUAAUCCGCCUCCUGUCGUUGCCAUACCUGGUGGUUCUCGUGCUAGAGGGCCAGAUAUUAGAAUCCCUACAUCGUGGCAAGGUUCAUCGUCCAUCCAGCAUUCGUCACAACAAGGUGCCAUUGGGUAUUCAUCGCAACACACACUUUAUGCUGCUGAGCGUGACUGCUGGGGGAAAAUGGCAUAUGCUUCGUCUCUAGCAGAGACCAUUUUGCUUGAAAUUACUGUGAACAUAUGUGAGGGUAAGAAGGACGUUGAUGCUCGAAUUGACGCGUCUGGGCUCAUCAAGCUAGCUUUGGAGACUGUCAUCCCAAAGUUACGCAAAUUCAAUGGAGAAUUUGUCUGGCGUGUUGAGGAGUUCGUAAUCCGAGAUGCUGCAUGGGUGGACCUAUCCAAUGACCCGCAAUCGGUUCCCUAUUUCUAUGAUCAAUGCCUGCAGCCAUCUCGCAAAGGCACCAAAUCGACCUUCAAAUCUAAACAAUUUGCGCUGAUGGUCAUUGUCCCAGAGGCUCAGUGGAAUGAAUACAAGAAUUGGUUGGAACUUCGUGCAGAAAUGGAAGCUGAAGCUAUCCGAACGAGCUGCACUCAGUCUAGCGAACGUGCUACUGCUCACACAGCUGUCGGUUUCAAUGUGCCCUCAUCAGCAACAACUUCACUCGCUGAAAACAAGCUUUUCUUACCAUCCAUGACCACCAACAAUUCUGUGACGGUCUCUACCAAGAGAGCCCACCAGCGUGCUGAAAGCUCUAGCAGUCUCAGUGGUACUUCAUCUCCACCUCGAAAGAAGAAUCCACCUCCCGCAGCUUUUCAUUCACCUGAUCGUGAUCUGCUCAAAGAAGUCUUGAAGAUCGGCGGAGGUGCCAACUUAAAUGUAAAGCAAGUCUUUGGACUACAUAGCGAAAGUGUGCAAUUCCACCCAAUCCCUACCCGCGAUAUCACCAACCUCUUGCUACACAAACAGCAUCAUUCAUUUUCGGUGGACACAGCUGAAUCUUCCAUUGGACAGCUGACUAUUGAUACAUCGACAGAUGGCUUCAUUGGAAUUGGUGGCUUCAAGACUGUGAACGCUGGAUGGCUCACACUCACAGCUCCUCCCAAGACUGGUCUUGGAUCAGUGGCUCGUCAUAAGGUCGUGGUCAAACGGCCAUUCGAAAAAGUAUUUCUGACUGCUAUGAAGGUUGGAGCUUAUAAAGUCAGCCGGUAUUCACUUGUCGACGAGCUACAGAAGCUAUUCAGAGAGGCCAACAUCUUAUACUGGUCCAAGUCUUUAUUAAAGCUCACAUACGACUUUAUUGAUCAUUCCAUUGCGUCCUCACCUGAACCCCCGCCAUUUGCUGUCCCACAUCCUGGAGCGAAGACAGGGUCAACACAGGCUGUCUUUCUCCUUGAAGAGCUCAUUGAGGGUGGUGAUGAUAUGUUUGUCAAAUUCAUCCACAAUAUGGAUGCCAAUCCAUUGCUCGAUGAAUUGGACUAUGGCUAUGACAUGGCCGAAUUCUUUGUUUUCACGCAGCAUGUCCAGUAUGUCAAGACUGGCAAGCUAGCUUUCAUGUCCGACUAUCAGGGUAGUACAACUCAAUACCGAUGUUGGGAUAGGUCGGUCAGCAAUGGAUGUGAUAUUUUUGGUGAGGGAAAUAUCGAGGCAUCUGUCAGCAAAUUCGAAGACCAGCAUGCCUGCAACGAGUACUGUGAAUGGUUUGGGCUGGAGAUAUUUGUGAAGGAAGCGAACGACGAUGAAGCAGCUGCGAAUGACGAUGAAGUAGUUGUAGAAAAUUAG